CGCUGCGCGCCCACAUUGACCCCUCGAAACUUCCGCCUAAGAUUUCCAAUCAUGGCUUCUACUUUAGACGAUGAGGAACUUCGGAGGGAGCUGAAAUCUUUCGGGUUCUGUCCGGGUCCAAUCUCAGACAGUACCAGGAAGCUUUACCUCAACAAACUCAAGAAGCUCGGGUCAGAAAACUGCAGUAAAUCGAGGUUUGCCAGAACCCAGAGAUCCCACAAGCAUGGACUGAGCUCCAGCAGCAGCAACAUCGCGAGCAGUCCGCAGCAUCAAACCCAACACAGCCACAGGCAUGACAGCCUGAGACUGCGGGAGAACAGCGCCAGCCCCAGCCACCGAUACCGGACUCCAAGCUUCAACCAGCAGGACAGCGACGAAUCCGACGAUUAUGAAGCGUAUUCCCACUACGGCCCGCCGGCUGCCCACGCGAACCAGUUCACCUCGUACACGAAGGAGGAUUUGCAGAAGCGAUGCGACAGCACGGUGAAGCAGAACGUGUUUCUGGAUCGCCAGCUCUCUCGGGCUCUGUUUACAUGCACCCUGGUUCUGUCCGCUGCCCUGAUUUGGCUGGUCUAUGUGAAAACCGUGGGUCUGGGGCAAAACGAAGAUGUGAAAGAUAAUCUUAAAAUGCUUCCUGUGGACUGCAAGGGGAAAACCGACACAUACUGCAGAGCUGAGGAACACAAGGUGCACAUGCAGCUGCUGUCUGAGCUGUACAGCUUCCUCGCCAAGGUGGCAGGUGACUUUGAGUGUGGGAAUCCAUCAGAACUCAAGAGUAAAUGUGUUUAUGUUGAUGAUGCCAAAAGUUAUUUAGCCAUUUUAAACAGGGGCUAUACGGACCGCUUUGAAGCAGCUCUUCAGAUGAUCAUUCAGAGCAGGCGAGACCUGGGCAUCCGGGUGGUGGAGCCAGGCCAUGCCCCCGGGACAGUGCGGUGCCUGGAGUCCAGUCAGCCCCAGAUGGGACUCGUGUGCCGCUUCAGCAGGGCUGUCUUCACCGUUAUGAGCAGGAUGUUCAUAUUCGUCCUUGCUCUAGGGGUGCUGUGGGGAGUCCUGAUCCUGCUGCGCUUCCGCUGGAGGAGGCUGCAGGAGGAGGAGCAGGCCAUGUACGAGCUGGUGAAGAGGAUCAUAGGGGAGGUCCGGGAUCACUAUAAAGACUGGGAUCAGGGUCUGGAGCCCAUUCCCUAUGUACCCAUCCCUCACGUGCGGGACUCCCUCAUCCCACCACAGAACAGGAGGCGCAUGAGGCGGAUUUGGGACCGGGCUGUGGAGUUCCUGUCCUCGAACGAGUCUCGUAUCCGCACAGAGACGCACCGCAUCGCCGGGGAGGAUUUCCUGGUGUGGCGCUGGACCCAGCCCGUGGAGCUGUCCGACUCCAGCUAGGGGGCCUGGACACACCCCCACCCCAGCUGGACACAGGACUUUUAUACAGGGUGUUCCUCCAAAAUACAUUGCUUUCUGCGGUACUGUGCAAGAAGAAUCUGUUCAAUACAAUUUGUAAUUAUUAUUAUUAUUGUUGUUGUUGUUGUUGUUCUAAUUGAGUCUUGCAAUUGAGCUGAGGUGAGGAUCAUUACUGCACUGGGAGCUCUGUCAGGGAGGCUCCUGUGCUUUCCUGGGUCUGUGGAGAGUGACCUGAUCAGAGUCUGUCUUAGACUAGCACAGUCCCCUUUGCAGCACUGGUUCAGAGACAAGGCUGGACCAUGUUUUCCUUUCUAACGAGAUCCUAAAUGCACAAUUCAUUCCAGGGCUAGAAACUCCAGUAGCCCUGCACCCAGUCCUGGGUUUUAGCACUUCCCUCAGUUGACUGUAUUAUUGAAAUGAUCCAGAGCCAGGAGUUUGAGUAAUCGUGCCCCUCUUCAGUAGACUCUCCCUCCCCCUAUAGGUGCAGACUGCAGACUCAGGUGAGACUGAUGGGGAGUGAUCAGGUCAGAGCAGAUUUAGCAGGAGGCUGUGCUACCCUUUCACUCCAGUGCACAUUUGCACUACUUUUAAAAUAGUUUGUAUCAAUUGUUUUCUUUAGAUCAGACAGUUUAAAGAUGUUUUAAUGUGCAUACUGGAUCAGAUGUUGACUUUAGUCUGUGUGUUCUGUUAGAAUGAUUUUAACCUUAACUAUUACACUGUUGCACAUCCUCAUUUAAUGUUGCAACGUUGUGCCUGUGAUUAGGACUUCUUAUUCCCAAUUUCCAAAUAGUUCCCUUUUGCAUGUCUUUAAAGUUUUGGGGUUGUAUGACUUGUUAGGGGGUGGGGGUUAAACCACAUUGCACCGUGGAUGUCGUUUUCAUUGUGUGUCCACCACUGCAAAGUUGCCUCUGUUUUUCUUUUGUAAAUAUCCUAGUAAGAAAUAUCCAGGAACACUAACGUAACUGCUUCAGCCUAAACACUGGUUGUUUCUUGAGCAUCAGGAUAAUGUUAAAACGUUUUUCUCCUUGUUCAAAAAAUGACUGCAAACAGAACAAAAGUUAUAUUGUACUAACAUGGUGUGUGCUGAGUGCUGUACUUGCAUUGUAUCUGCGUAUGCGCAAUUCAUGUCGGCCAAAUACAGACAUAUUUUGUUAUGACAAAAAGUGCAUCUACUCCAGGAAUGGAAAUACGGCUUCCGUUGCUUAGCAGUUUGAUCCAAUCCUGGUUUUACUAUGAGCUUGAUAAGACGCACCUGUGUGUGUUACCUACACUGUGGACCUGGAGUGGGUGAGACAGCUAUGCAAUAGGAGCCUUGCUUCCAAACCUGUACCCAUGCACUGUAAACAACACAGGGAGUCGGCUUGAUAGCAUUACACACAGAGACUCUUCAGAGAGAAUAACGUACAUUUGGGAGGUUCCACUGCUAAAUUAAGGGAAAGCAGUGAAAAGAAAUAUUCAAUAAAUACAAAGUUUUAAAUAACAAAAAUAAAAAUGUAAUUGCCCCAGUGGUAGAUAUUAUUUCUUGAUUUUAAAUAAAAUGCAUACAUGUUUUAAACAAGAAAAAAUACGGAGGAAUUCAAACUCAAAGCAUCUGGAAUCAAAUUUGCUUUAGUAUACUUUUCAAAGCAUUACAAUCAAACCGCUUUUAACAAUAUUCCCUUUAAAAAAAAAAAAAAUGUAAAUACAUUUUAAAAAAGCAUCUGCAUGUAGUGCAGAGAGGUUUCAGAGAUUUGAUGACAUUGUGAAAUGAAGCUAAUAAAGAGAUAUUUGAAAAUAAAAACUUUC